AUGGUUGCUGUGCCAGUUCCACGAAAGCUCUGGGAACACCCAGACCCCGAGUCCACCGCAAUGGCUCAUUUCCGCCGUGAGAUUGCGCAGGUCACAGGACAGCAGUUUAACUCAUUCCAUGAAUUGUACCUAUACUCAGUUCAGAACCGAUCGGCGUUCUGGGACUUCUGCUGGAAGUAUUUCCAAAUCAUCCAUGAUGGAUCGUAUUCCCAGGUUGUGGAUGAGUCGGCACGAAUCGACAGUGUUCCCAGCUGGUUUACCGGGGUCAGAGUCAACUUUGCCGAGAAUAUCCUCUUUACUCGAGAGGCAGGCAAUACGACUUACAAAGAGGAUGGUAAGGUCGCUGUCACAGAGGUCCGCGAGGGUGCAGUCGGCGAUGCCGUUCAUCUGACAUGGGGUGAACUGCGAAGAAAGACAGGAUCUCUGGUCCAAGCGAUGAAGGCGAAUGGGGUUACUCGGGGUGACCGUAUCGCAGUUUGUUCGGCUAACAGUAUCGACACGCUGGUGGUUUUCUUAGCCUCGACAGCCCUUGGGGCAAUCUUUUCCUCGAGCUCUACAGACAUGGGAGUCAAAGGGGUUCUGGAGAGACUGCUUCAGAUCAAACCGCGAUGGCUCUUCAUGGACGAUUUCGCAGUCUAUAACGGGAAAACCACCGACCUGCGAGGAAAAAUGAAAGACAUAGUCCAAGGAAUGGGCGCAGUGGCAGAGUUCCAGGGUGUGGUAUCUCAGCCACGGUUCCCGUCCAAGCCAGCCGACUUGCACCAGGUCCCCCGAUCUAUGACACUAGCAAAAUAUCUUGAGAAAGCGGAGGGAAAUACCCAGCUGGAGUUUGAGCGCGUGGAGUUCCGUGACCCGUUCCUAGUGGUCUAUUCAUCGGGCACAACAGGGCAACCCAAGUGCAUCGUCCAUUCGGUAGGAGGAGUGCUGAUGAAUGCUCAUAAAGAAGGCCGACUUCACUCGGAAAUGGGGCCUGAUACUGUUGGACUGCAGUUUACCACGACUGGCUGGAUCAUGUACCUGAACGCCGUGCAGGCAUUGCUGUUUGGAGCCCGGGCUGUCCUUUACGAUGGCAGUCCCUUUAUCCCGGACGUGACUACAUUGGUGAAACUUGCGGCGCAAGAAAAAGUCACACAUCUCGGAAUAUCUCCGCGAUGGCUUGAUGAACAGAAACGGGCUGGCAUCAAACCUCGCGAGAUUGCAGAUCUGAGUUUCCUGCGUGGAGUGACUAGUACGGGAAUGGUGCUGCGAGAUGAGCUAUUCGAGUGGUUCUACGACGAAGGAUUUCCAUCGCACGUUCGUCUCAACAAUAUAUCCGGCGGUACAGAUAUUGCAGGCUGUUUUGGGAUUGGGAACCCUCUGGUGCCGGUCUACGUAGGAGGGUGUGGGGGUUGCAGCUUAGGUGUCCCUGUCGAGGUUUAUGAUUCUACCAUUGAAGGGGGAGAGGGGAUUAAGGGCAUUCCCAUUGAAGAUGGUGUCCCCGGUGAACUGGUCGCUACCGCUGCAUUCCCCAACAUGCCGACGAAGUUUGACAAUGUGUGGACCCACGGCGAUUUUGUUUCGAUCCAUCCAGUUACAAAGCAGUUGUUAUUCCAUGGCCGCGCAGAUGGGGUACUGAACCCAUCGGGUGUGCGGUUCGGUUCGGCAGAAAUCUAUCGGGUUAUAGAAGGCCACUUCCAACAAGAAGUUGCCGAUUCGCUUUGCGUUGGACAGCGCCGGCCUACCGACCCUGAUGAGCGGGUCAUGUUGUUCUUGUUAAUGAAGCCUGGAAAAGCAUUCACAGAGGAUCUUGUGCAGCAGAUCAAAAGUCUUAUUCGCAGAGAACUGAGCCCCCGGCAUGUCCCGGCCUUCAUCUUCGAGACCCCGGAGAUCCCGACUACCGUGAACCUGAAGAAAGUGGAACUGCCCGUGAAGCAGAUCGUGUGCGGGAGAAAAAUCCAGCCUUCGGGGACCUUGCUUAACCCCGGUAGUCUUGACUAUUACUAUCAAUUUGCCGAAGUGGAGAAGCUUGGGCGACCGAGCAAGCUGUAA